UUUUGGGGCUAGUUCAGAACCCUAACUGCGAUUUACGAUUGUUCUCACUGCAAAUACAGACCAAAAAUUUCAACCUAGCGACAGUAAAUUCGAGAGACAAAACUUACUUCACUCCUUAGGUGAACACAUAAGUAUCUCGCUAUGAAGCGGCAGAAGGGUGGUGGUCUAACCAUUUCUGAGCGCGUUACGCGAUCCACGACCACACUUGAUCGAAACUCACUCACCCUUCCUGUUGAGGUUGUUACAGAGAUAUUCUUGAGGUUGCCUUUGAAGUAUAUAGCGAGAUGUCGCUGCGUGUGCAAGCUCUGGUCCUCCGUGCUUCGCAGCCAAGAUUUCACAGACGCCUUCUUCACCAAAUCUUGUGCUCGCCCUCGGCUUCUGUUCGCCUGCACUGACUACACCCAGAUCCGCUUCUUCUCGUCAUCUCAGCCUAAACAUCCAAAAGACAACUCGUAUGUCGUUGCCACCAAUCGUAUGGCACGUCCCCCAGGCUACGAUAAACUGUUUGGUUGUACCAAUGGAUUCUUCUGUUAUGGAGGUACCCAGGGCAGGAACAAACCAGUACUCGUCACGGUGAUAUGUAACCCCAGCACAGGACAGUCCUUGACAUUACCAAGAUUGAACUCAAAAGACAAUUAUGGAGUGGAAAGCUAUCUUGGAUAUGAUCCCAUUGCCAAAGAGUUCAAGGUAUUGUCUCUACGUGAUGGUAAGGAGUUCCAUGUUCUGACAUUAGGAACCAAGAAACUGUCAUGGAGGGUGGUCGAAUGUUGCAUCCCACACUGUUCUUCAUGUUGUAAGUGGAUAUGCAUCAGUGGCGUUUUGUACUAUAUAGCUAGAGAGUCCAGGUCUUCAGUGGAAUCUAUGGUAGUUUGUUUUGAUUUGAGGACUGAGAAGUUCAGCUCUGUGAAGCUCUUGGGAGGUUUCAAUAAAGCACUGCCUCAUUCAACAACUCUGAUAAACUACAAUGGCAGAUUAGGUUUGCUUAUGUCGUCUUCGUAUGUUAGUCGAUCAUGGAAAAGUUUUAAGCUCUGGGUUCUUCGAGGUGAUUCAGAACGUGAGUGGUCCAACCGUGUAUACGUAUUACCACCUCUGUGGAAGGAUGUAGUUUCAGACUACAUGCGCAUUGCUGGAAUGGUUGGUACAAAUGAAAUCGUCUUGGUCACUUACCAAAGAGUGCCUUCCUAUGUCAUCUACUACAAUGUCAAGAGCAAGACGAUCAGAAAAGUUGGAAUCCAAGGACUGGCCACGUUUCGGGGUGCGACGAUAGACACCUAUCUCAACUAUGUUGAGAAUGUGGAGCUUCUUUAAGCAUUUCAAGUUAGAUCUAGUGUAGUUUUCAUUUGCAGUGUUUCUUCUUCUUUUUUUUCUUCUUUCUAGCGUCUUAGUUAAAACAAUCUACCUCUUGUUACAAGAUUCAACAAGGGGAUAGACAAUCUUCUUGUUACAAAAUGAUGUAAUAGAGAGAGACCAAGUUUGCUUAAGCUUGGCAGAGAAUGAUGUUUGUCCAGACC